ACAUGUAAUUUUAAAAUGAAAGAAAACAAAGAAAAUUGUGGUUAUUUCUUUUGAAAGUUCUGGCGGAACUCUCGCAGUGAAGGGCUGGUAGCAGCCUAGCUAUCCCACUGCCGUUGUUUCUUGUCCGAAGCCGGGUUACCCCAGAUAUCUAAUCUUAGUAGAAAUCAAACUUUAGCUCCUCGACUUUUGCGAAGGAAAAGGAAAUAAAAAAAAAGAACAUGGAUGGAAAACCAUGUCGAAUGGAGGUAUGCGUAACAAGAGGUUACUGUAAGUUUCCAUAACAGAGCAAGCAUUUUAGUGACUACAAUGCUAGUAAGUUUAUUCAUAUCAUCAGUUUGAGUCUUCUCUUCGUCAAGGCAGUAUUACGUUCUAGUACAGACUUAACUUUCCCGAUACUUUUACCCCGUAUUGACUGAGAUUGUUCUCCUCGUUUUCACAGUGUGUGGUAGCUACCUUACAGAGGAUAGCGGCAACUUCUCUAGCGCUAAGAAUGUCAUUAUCGAUGCUUACUAUUUUGUAUCGUACCAACAAACUCGCUGCCUGUGGAAGGUCAACCCUAAAUCCAACACAUCGAUUAUAUGGUUGACGUUUGCCGAGUUGUCUCUCGGUCAACAAAACGAUGGCUAUUGCAGUGAAGGAGUUCGUAUUUCUAUACCGGAAACAGCGGGUAAUGAUGAUGCUGAUUACUACGAUUAUGAUGAUAAUGAGCGGUUUCUUUUGAAAGUCUGCGGCCAAUUAACAAACGAGACGUUGCUGAUUGAAGGGACGGGCGUAAAUCUUCGUGUUGAUGGUUUCAGAGACCCUAGGUAUGGUCCUAAACCCAAUAACUCAACAGUCCUGGGACAUUACAAAGCCGAACAAAGAAAUAUCACCGACAUAACAGGAGAGACGUUAGACUCUUGGACUGGGAUUCAAGUCAGUGCCAGCAAUUCAUCUAUUGAUCUCUCAUGGACAAUGCCUCCGAAUAAUUUUUUCGGCGUUUCCUCUGUUCAAAAAUAUCUCAUCCUAUACAGGCCUAUUUCGGCGCGAGGUUAUUACAGCGCGCUUUGGUUGCCUGCAAACAAACCUCGGGUGAAGAUCUCAAGACUGGAACCUUUUACCAACUACAGCUUGACUUUGGUCGCCAUUCUAGCUGACGAAAGUCAACGUGUUAAUACCGGUCAAGUAGUUCAAACUGAAGAAGGAGUGCCAGCCAAAAGCCCUUACCUCUAUGAUUAUCGUGCCAUUGAUUACAACACGAUUUGGAUCAGGUGGGAAAGGCUUUCACCAAAGUAUGCUCGCGGCAUUUUGAGAGGAUAUCGAAUAUAUUACAUCUCUGCUUACAAGUACUACUACAGUAGGUCUGUCAGCAAUAUAACGGUCGGCCCUGACAUACUGGAGAUGACAAUUACUGGACUUCAGCCGAAUACCGAUUAUAGAGUAUGGGUAAAAGCAUUCACGUCUAAAGGAGAAGGAAGUGACAAAAACACAGCGUAUAUCGGGACAAAAUGUGGAUCAGCAAUACGCAACAGUUCAGGGGCUAUUCAAAGUCCUGGGUUUCCGAAAAGAAUCGAAUAUUCAGAAUGCAUUUGGGACAUUGACCCUGGUGACGGAAACAAAAGCGUUUUACUCAACUUUUCAGAUUUUAAUAUACCACUGUCAAACAAAUGCAAGUAUGUCACUGUUUAAUUAGUGAACCCAGUAUACGUAAGCGCACAUCACGACGUGAGCAACGUGAGCUUCACGUCGUCAUGUAGAGAAUUGACAAAGUUAUAAAAUAAUUCAUUCAUACUUUUUGCUUUGCAUCACUGAGUUAUAGUGCG